AAAGAGAGCAGGUGACGUCACCACUGUCCACAACAACAAGAGGCAGAAAAACAAGGAAGUGGAUUAUUGCCAUUCAACGUCGUGAUUCUGUUCGUUUUAGCGACUCUGUGACAAGACUCGCAGAGUCUCCAGAUAUACACUGAUAUCCUCUGAACUUCGAACAAGAUCGUAACAAUGAACAACAAAGGCUCAUAUCCACAGCAGAGUGUUUACCCUCAGCAGAGCACCGGCCCUGUUUACCCCCAUGCUAUGCAAAUCUCUCCUCAGGCGCCUCCUUACACGGACACGCCACCCGCAUACUCUGAGAUCUACCAGCCCAGAUAUGUGCUUCCCCAUCAGGUAACUGGCCAGGUACCUCAGAUGACCUCCCCUUAUGUGGGUACUCAGGUCUACAUGCCCAUGCAGCCGCAGAUGCCCGUCGGGGCAAUGGCCCAGAACGUCCCCCUGGCUUACUAUCCCAUGGGAGCCGUGUACCCCCCUGGUUCCACAGUGAUGGUUGAGGGUGCCUUCGAUGCUGGCGCUCGCUUUACCGCUGGCAGCAGCGUUUCCAUCCCGCCCCCACCCCCGGGGCAUGCCCCAAAUGCGGCCCAACUGGCGGCCAUGCAGGGCGCCAACAUGGUCAUGACGCAGCGCAAGAACAACUUCUUCUUGGGCGGCUCCAGCGGAGGUUACACCAUCUGGUAACAGCAGCUGCUCCCUCGCGCUUACACCCAAUCCAGCGCCCACCCUCUUCCCCAACAUCACGUCCCUCCCCAUCUCCUCCUUAGGCUGCUUAGCCACAAUACUGAAAUCACGUAAUGGAAUGUAAUGUUUUUGAGCCCUUGUGAAAGGUACAGUACUCCACUUGUAACCUAGCGAUCAAAUGACCAACGCAAGUAUUUUACUCGAAUCCAUCCCAUCAUAUUUCAUUGCGUCUUGCUUUGGUUUUAGUUUAGGUCAUUCCAGGUUCACGCGGAUGGUGGCCUGUGCUUUGACACUCGUUGUUAAGUAGGUUAGCCAGGUAGCUAAAUUUGAUAGAUUUUGCAAGGGUUAGGCUCUCUACGGUAACGCCAUAAAGUCAACUUAGAGGGAAAGUCAAGUCAACAUUUUUCUUGACAAUAAUAUGUUUGGUGUCCUCCACUGUUCUAAGCACUGUAUUCAGAUUCAUAUUGCGUGUGUGGAAUAUAAAUUGAGCGGAAAAUCCAUCCAUUUUUGUCCAUCUCAAGGAAUGGCCAUUUUGCUCUGGAAACGGCCUUCAUGGCUCACCUGUUUUCUGGUUUUGGUCAUUUGGUGACAUUUGCGAGCUCUGCUCUAAGGUGCUGUGGUGUACAAGAUAAAACAGGUGAAUUUUUAUUCCACACACGUCACUUGAAUCAGGAUACCGUGUGACUUGACUUCCCGUUUAAGAGAUCAACAUUUGGAAAACAGCAUCACUUACCAAACCAAUAAAUAACAUCAUAACACCACCUUGGCUCAAAAUAAAAUCAUAUAAAAGUCUGUGAUCAAGUCUGCACCAGAGAUUCUCAACUGGUCUCAUAUGUUUUUCCCUUUGGCCAUUCUAUCAGAUAUCAAACCAAAUUGUUGUGUGAAAACGUAUCGGAGCGCAUUACGGGGAACUGAGGAGUCAAGUUAAACUGAUCAUCAACACCACACAAUAAGGCCACAAAUUAAAAGUGAAGUGAAAUAUGAGAAAAUAUUCAAAUACACAAAGACAGCAGCACAAAUCUGAAGUCAAGACGCUAAGCUGCUCUGUUUCUUAAGGAGUGCAACUGGCCAUUUAAUGCCUUUUUAAAAUUAUUUUUGACAACCAGUUGAAAAUGACUCGUCUGGAGACCAAAAUAUCUCACUUAAUUCUGCAUCUAUCGAAAAGAAAUUAGGCAAUAGGCAAUUUAUGUCGUUUAUGAUAGUCAAGCUGCUUCAGUGAAAGUGAAACACAAUUGCAAAGUUGAACGCAAUGGGAAAAAAAUCCCCACUCGUCUUUUUUUUCCUUUCAAAGCCUUUUAGUGUAGUUAAACUUUUGGAUGUUGUAUUUACAUGUAAAUAUCAGUAUGACUAUCACAAGAAAUUCUCAAGAAAAAAACGUGCAUCGAGCUAGAUUGAAUUUGUUGCCCUCGAUGUUUUAAAAAAACAUAAAAAAGCAAGUCGCAUUUAAAGAACUGAAAGUCAAGAAAUGUAAAAAUGCACUUGCAGAAAAAGUGGUUUACUGUACCUUGUGGGGCAACGUGUAGAUUUAACAUAGUCAAGUGCCAAAGAGCACUGGGGGAUUGUCCCCGUUUAAAGAAACAAAACGUUCAAAAGAAAACGGAACAAGAUUUUUUCAAUCCAAAUGAGUUGACUGGGACAGGCUGGUUGGUAUAACAUUUGUAGCUUGUUCAUUUUUUUUUUUUUUUUUGUCGGAUACCUAGAGUUUAUACACUAAAUGUCUGAAGCGUGCUUAUCGGUCUAAGUAUUUCUGUUGUUUAAUUUGGUAUUAAUUUACUUUUGAGGAAAAGCCCGCCCCCGCACCCCUUUCAAUCUGGCACGUUUGAAUAGGUUCCUUGGUUUCCAUUAGUGAGGCUCAUUCAAUUUUUUGUUUAUUAAACAAAACAAAAAAAAACAACAACAGUUCAAGUCAGUUUUACCAAAGAAAACAACGACGUUUUAUAUUAUCCAAUAACCAGUUAUGGGCUUUUGCACAAUUGUUCAAACAAUAUUGUGAGUUUCAUCAUCUUUAAUUUGCACAUUACUGGUAAUUUAAUGAAAUCCGACAUGCACUGCUAAACUAAAAUGACAAAUUCCAGAAAGGAUGUUGGUGGUUAUUUUUUGCAGAAAACUGUGAAAUAUUGUACUAAGAAGCUUUACUGCUGUUUGCGUGAAUGCGUUUAUUUAACAAGAUCCAAUCAGAAAACAACUACUAGCUUUAUGUUUGACUAUUUCAUGUCUUACUUUAAUAUUGUAAUGUAAAGUUAGCGUACAGGCCGUGUAAGGGUUGGGAAGGACGAUACAGUUGCAAGAAAAAGUAUGUGAACCAUUUGGAAUUACCGGUACUUGGAUUUAAUUGCUCAUAAAAUAGUGUUCUGAUCUUUGUCUAAAUCACAACAGACAAACACAGUCUGCUUGAACCAAUAGCACACAAUUUUAUGUUCUCGUUUUGUUAUUUUUUAAACACCAUGUAAAUAUUCACAGUGUGGGUUGGGAAAAAGAAUGUGAACCCUUAAGCCACAGGUGUCAAACUUAAGGCCCGGGGGCCAGAUCCGGCCGACCGGGUCCAUUUUACAUAGCACGUGAAAGCAAAUCAAUUGUGUCAAAUUGCUAAAAUCUGUUCUGAAAUAUUAAAUUGUCAUGUGUCGUAAAUAACGUUGAGAUUUUGCAAUAAUUUUGUGAGCCUGCUUACCCUCAUUUGAACAACAAUUGAUCAAAACAUUUUAAUCGACUUGAGUGAUUUCAAAACUAGUAAACUAUUAAUUUGUUGUGUACAAGUAAUCAUUUUGUGGUUUCAUUGUCAUCACGGCCCUCUAAGGGAAGACGUAGCUCCAAAUUGGCCCACGACUAAAAUGAGUUUGACACCCCUCUAAUAAGAUAAUACAAGUGAGCCACCUGGAGUCCAAUCAAUUAGCUAGAUUGAAGUGGUUGGGUAAAGCUGCCCUGCCCUAUAAAACCCACACAACUUUGGAGUUUGCUAUUCUCAAGACCCCCAUUGUCUGAUAUGAACCAUGCUUCGCACAAAAGAGCUCUCAGAAGACCUACGAUGAAGGAUCGUCGACAUGCAUAAAGCUCGGAAGGGUUACAAAAGUAUCUCUAAAAGCCUUGUUGUCCAUCAGUCCACGGUGAGACAGCAUUAGUUGUUGUGACUUGGAUGAAGAUCAGAACACAUUUCAUAAUCAAAUUAUACACAAAAUCCAGGUCAUUCCAAAGGGCUCACAUCCUUUUUCUUGCAACUGUAUAGCUCAGACAAAUUUGAGGUGAAAUUAGGGGCAAUGGUGGGGAUUUGUCACCAAAUGGAGACACGUGACUGAGCUUAGCCAAUCACCGGGCUGUAUCCGUGGUUGCAAAAAACAAAAAAAAAACGCUGCAUGAUAAGAUGAUGAAACCCCCUCAGAUACAUUUAUUUUUCAUGUUGCCCUCUACCCGAAAAUUUACGUCUCCAUACACUCAUCAGUAAAAUACUACAUGGUUGGGUGAGUCUAUUCAAAACAAUUUCCAUGACAUCCGAGGGUAGAUAAUUGCUGGUUUACAGCACUCACGUUUGUUUCCAGAGUUGAACCAAAAUGUUCAUUUUUUUUCUCUUUCUGUAUGCUGUGACUUGUGCUUUUUGUUUUUAAACUACACAAUUUGAACAAGAAUUUGCUGUUUGCAGAUAUUCUUCACUGGGUAUCCGACGAACCGCGUUCAGGUUUUGGAGGCUGUCGCCAGAGGGAAGCAAAAUAAAGGUUCUUGUAACGGUGAUGUGGUUGUGGAAAGAGUCAUUCAGGCAAAAGCUCCUGAAGAAGAGCAGGGCACAGCUUCCAAAACUUGAACGGCCUUGUUUAGUUUUUUUGUUUGUGGUUUUUUUCGUUUUGUUUGUUUGUUUUUUUUGUGACGGUGGUGCCAGCAAUAUGAAGUACUUCCUGUACGAGUACAGCAGUCAUGCCAACCACAACCCGACAGGCUUCCUCUCUGGUAAAGGAUCAUGGACAUUCCUGAUUCAGGGAUUCUCUUUCCGAUGUUUAAAAAAAAAAAAAGAGAGCCGCAGCGCUAAAGCGACAACGGACUUCUUAUGCACAUGUUCUGUCGUCAGAUGACUAAAGGAGAUGAGUGUCAACGACUUAGGUGCACUUAACUUUUUUAUACUAAACUUAAGAUUUAAAAGUGUAAGUUUAGAAUCAAUGUUAUUUUGGGGAUUUGAGAAGUUUGUUUAAAUUUAUUCACAUAUGUAUUCAAAGGGGGCACACUGCUAAAUAAAGGACAUUUGUUGUUUUUUUUU